CAGCUCUGGCCCGGGUCCCCGCCCUGGCCCUCGCGGGAGGAAGGAGCGCAUCCCGCCCGUCCGCCACGCCCGGCCUGGCUCCACCGAGACAGCUCGCCUACUGCCCGGGGUCCCCGGAGCCGCUGGCUGCGCCAGCCCUGGCGUCUGGGUCCUGCGGAUCAGGCGCUGGAAUUCAGCACCUUCCCUUCCUCUCAGCUCUGCCUCCUCCUGUGAACAGAGCUCAAUAGAACUCUGUUGUUCUGUGUUUCGCUCUGGAGGAAAAGAAGCAAACAAUGAGGAGAAAAUAAUGAAUGUCAAAGGAAAAGUAAUUCUGUUGAUGCUGGUUGUCUCAACUGUGAUUGUUGUGUUUUGGGAAUAUAUCAACAGCCCAGAAGGCUCUUUCUUGUGGAUCUAUCACUCAAAAAACCCAGAGGUUGAUGACAGCAGCAUUCAGAAGGACUGGUGGUUUCUGAGCUGGUUAAACAAUGGAAUUCACAGUUAUCAAGAAGAGGAAGAGGACAUAGAAAGCGGUAGACACAAGGAGCUUCCGCUACAAGACUGGUUUGACCCAAAGAAACGCCCAGAAGUUGUGACAGUGACCCACUGGAAUGCACCGGUUGUAUGGGAAGGCACUUACAACAGAGAUAUCCUAGAAAAGUACUAUGCCAAACAAGAAAUCACCGUGGGGUUGACAGUUUUUGCUGUCGGAAAAUAUAUUGAGCAUUACUUGGAAGAGUUCAUAACAUCUGCUAAUAGGUACUUCAUGGUGGGCCAUAAAGUCAUCUUUUACAUCAUGGUGGAUGAUGUCUCCCGAAUGCCUUUGAUAGAGCUGGAUCCUCUGCGUUCCCUCAAAGUGUUUGAGAUUAAGUCUGAGAAGAGGUGGCAGGAUAUCAGCAUGAUGCGCAUGAAAACCAUUGGGGAGCAUAUUUCAACCCACAUCCAGCAUGAGGUUGACUUCCUCUUCUGUAUGGAUGUUGACCAGACUUUUCAAGACAGUUUUGGUGUGGAGACUUUGGGCCAGUUGGUUGCUCAGCUCCAGGCCUGGUGGUACAAGGCAGAUCAUGAUGAAUUUACCUAUGAGAGGCGGGAGGAGUCUGCCGCAUACAUUCCUUUUGGACAGGGGGAUUUUUAUUACCAUGCAGCUAUUUUUGGAGGAACACCCAUUCAAGUUCUCAACCUCACUCAGGAGUGCUUUAAAGGAAUUCUCCAGGACAAGAAAAAUGACAUAGAAGCUGAGUGGCAUGAUGAGAGCCACCUAAACAAGUAUUUCCUUCUCAACAAACCCACUAAAAUCUUAUCUCCAGAAUACUGCUGGGAUUAUCAUAUAGGUCUACCAACAGAUAUUAGAACUGUCAAGAUAGCUUGGCAAACAAAAGAGUAUAACUUGGUCAGGAAUAAUGUCUGAUUUUACAUUGAGCCGAUGGAUUUUCUGAAUUUGAGAGAGUAUCAUUCUGGCUAAUUCCUCAGAAAUGUUAAUUUAAAAAAUACUAACAAAACCAUCCACGUGGCAAAACCAUACUAUUCUGCCUUAUAACUAUGAGCCUUGUAAUAAGUGAGAGUGAAUCUAAGGUAAUCAGAUGUAAAUUUCCCAGUGAUUUCUUAUCUAUAAUAGAUUGGGGGAAAUACUAUCAGCUGAACCAAAAAGAAUUUGCCACAGGUAAAGAAAAAGCCAGAACACUUUACUCAUGUCAGGCAAACAUAGUGGAGAACAAAGUGGUAAGGAAAGUGUUUGACAGCAAGCUAUGGCUGGUAGGGGGUAGGGCGAAGAGCAUUAAUUUCAGUGUCUUUGUGUUUUGAGGGGUCUACAGCAACAUAAACUUGCUCUGUGGCAAGAUAAAUCUUAGUAACUACACCAUCUAUGUUGGCAAUCCUCAAAGGCUUUAAAAGCUGAUUGCUUCAAGUCAUGAGUAGACCAUACCCUUUGCUCAUCCGGAUAGAUUGGUAGAGAUUCCCAAUGGAGAUUCUGGCUGUGCAUGUUGAGAGUCCCAGGGAAUCUGAAUGGUGCCCAGCUUGGCAUGAAAACAAAGCCUCAAUUUUGUGCUUUCCAGGAAAUAG